CAAAGUUCAAGUGGUCUGGUGCAGACACGUCCAUGUGGAUACUUCCAAGAGAAGCUGCCUCCAGAUUAAGUUUGUGCUGCACAAACUCCACAAUACCAGUCCUCCUGUGGGCCCAAAUCUCAGCAAGCCAUUGAUCAUACUCAUCCGAUUGCUUGUCAUCAAUUCAAUCUGUUCACGUAGAUUUCCUGGUCCCGAACGAUGCUCCAGACUCCCUCCGGACCUGGGAUGGGUCACCUGACACGGAUGACGUAUUGUGAUGGCAGCCAUCCGAGACGCGGCCUGCCUGGCAACUGAACACAUAUCACUCGGCAACUCGAUUCAGCAAACAUCUGUCUACCCAAAUUCACAGUAACUGACACCUUGCUCUCACCCACCUGUCCUUGUUCUCAUGAUAAAGAGAGCUGCAUGGGCUCCACAGACUGCAAGAGGUCUGCCAGUUGCUGACUGCGACACUUUAAACAAGCAAUUCAGGACAACAGCCAGCAAACAAGCACCACCAAACAGACCAGUCACACUGCGACUUACUCGAUCAAAUCUGUCCUAAGUGACAAUGCCACCAAUUCCCAUCUACGCUCACAGCCCCAUCAACGCGGCCAAGGCUGCCGGAGCGUCUCCCCAGACAGCACCACAAGACAAGGGCGGCCAGAAUGCAGUGCCUGACUCGGCCCUUCCGACCACCACAGCAGCCACGAGACCUGGGCCUCCAGCCGCGGGCCACCCGGGAUACCCGGCAGCGCAGCCAGGGGCUGUCCCAGCCAUCCCGGCCCCAACGGGCACAGCUGCUGGGCUCCAGCAGCAGCAGCAGCAGCAGCAACAUUACUCACCCGUCCAGCCCACCCCAACUCAACCACUCCCAGGGGCCCGGGGGCCACCGCAGCCACAGCCCGGGGCGGUUCCAGUGCCGCCCGGAGCAGCAGCAGCAGCAGCAGCGACUGGAGGCCCACACCCACCCAGGGUGACAGCAACACCCACAAUUCCGCCUCCGCCCAGGGCCGGGGAGACUACCGCCGCCCCACAGCAGCAGCAGGCCAUGCCCUACCCACCUCAGAUGGCCAUCCCCCCUCCCGCGGGGUCCUCCACCGCGUCAGCAGCGGCGCCCGCAGCCCAGCGCGGCACGACGACGGCCUUCCCAGCCUUUGCGGCGCCACCAGCCCCGGGGCCCUCGCCGCUCGAGCACCCGCCGGGCUACCAGCAGAACGUGCACGCGGGGGAGAUGGACCGGUUCCAGCGGGCGAGGCAGGACGCCCUGGAGGCGGAGGAGCGGGAGAGGAGCGGCAGCUUCGGGAGCCUGGGCGCGGGGGUGGGAGGGGGCAGAAGCGGCGCCGGCGGCGAUUCGGAGGAGGGUGUCUGGAGCUCCGCGAAGAAGCUCGUGGCGACGGCCGGGGAGAAGCUUGCUGGUGCUGAGGCCGAGGUGUGGAGGAGGGUGAAUAAGGGGUGACGAGGCUGAAUCUCCGUAUGUCAUCAGGGGUGGGGGGGGGGGGGCAGGAGGCGGAGUCGGGCCUUUGCGUGGCUGCGAACUCUCGAUAGGGGUUUCUCCUUAGGGGUGGUCACUCAUGACGUGACGAAAGAGGGUGUUGACCCGCGGAUGUAUCAUGUUCAGCAGUAGCCUGUAGUAGUUGCGAAGCGCACAAUACAGUAUAAGCUUGGGCGGUUGUGUGUGCGCGCGCGCCUCUCAUAGGGAACUACUUCAGCCUCCUCCGUGCUAAUCUCGAUGACUUUACCUGUUGGGCUGGGUGUCCGCGAGUUAAUUGUCAAGACACCUUCCCUUCCGGUCUGGGCACCUCGAUGCCCCCCCGGGCACUAGAUGCCUCGGCAUCCUCGGGUGGUUGCGCCGUUCUUGUAGGAUAUAACCGUUCGAUAUACUUGCUAACUCGGCCAGUCUAGGUGUUUCUGUGCACUAUAGCACAACGAAAAAGACCAAGCCACCCCCCAGGGGAAAGGAGGGGCGCGCCCAGGGCCAGGAGGUGGGAAGCCGGACCGGGGGGAGGGGCACAGAAAACCCGCGCAGACGAGGCCGGCUGUUCCGUCAUCGGUCUAGACAAGCGCAAUUAUUGACAAAGUAAAUAGAGU